AUGUACAUCCACAUUCUCACCCAAAUGAUAGUGAACUACCGCAGCUACUUUUGGUGGUGGAGACGCCCUCUUAUAAGAAGAGGCACACAGGAAACAAAGUGCAGGAAGACAAGUACGUUUCGUUUGCAAAGGUUGAGUGUUGCAAUAUUUUCCCCCUCACUGCAUGCUAGUGGACAAAGAGAAGGAGAAGAUGUCUGGGCAGGGAACCCUCUCCCUGCUCACCUGCAUGGCAGCCAUUGGUAAGCACUGACCUCAGCUUAAUAUUCAAUUACAUAUUAAAGGGGUUGGACAAAACAUCAGCUCAACUUGUAAAAAAAAAGUAAAUUACUUUCAGUACUACAUAUUUUAAAUUACAGUUUAGUUUUUUUUGUUGCUAUUCCUGACUGAAUCUAAAAUACUCAAAUAUGUUGAACUGUUCACAACAUUGUAAUCAAUAGGCAAACUUGAAGUAGAAGAGGGUAUGUUUUCAAAAUGGAUGCUUAACUUGCACAAGGAUAAUUUAUGUAAAAGAAAGGUGCCUAAUGUUGCCAUUGCUGUCGGCUAAUGGGAAUCCCAAUAAAAAUAAAAAUCUAAUGCUCUAAAUGUAAUUGACUUGUUAGAUGCUCCAUUGUAAUUUUUUGGGGGCCUUCUAGAAAACAGAACUAGUCAUACAAUAUCUUUACUUGUGGUUUCACAUCAAUAACGGUAACUGACUUCCACUUUUUUGAUUUUGAGACAAUAGGCCAUUUAACCUUUUAAACCUAGAUACCACCUUAUUGUCUAUUCAUGUUUUUGAGACAGUCAAUGAUAAGCAUUAACUAUUGGCCAUUUAUCACACAUUUUUCAUAGUGGAAAAGGUCAUAAAGAAGUUAUUUACAAUGUUACAGCUGCUUUAACUUUUGAGGGCAGUCACUUAUUUUUUUUAACUAAUAGGGAGAAGCAACUUGCUCUUGCUUGCUGAAUAUAAAAUAGGCUAGAGGGUUGGCAAUGAACUGGCGGGAAGUUUGACUGGCUAGAGCAUGUAGCUCUGGUGUAGUAAUAUUUAUAUCAAUAAAUAAAUAUAUCAAAAUGUUGAUAGAAUGUUUUUUGGUGGGCAGAAAAGUCAAUUUAGGGAGGCAUUGCCCCCCCAAUGCCUCCAUAGCGCCGGCACUGGUUUUCACUGACCAUGAUCUAAAAUAUUAAAUAUUAAAUUAUGCCAAUUUCUCGUGUUGUAGGGAAGAUCGGAUAUCUAAGAUUUGUGUGAAAUGCUGAUUAAAUUAUGUAUUCUAUUGUACAUCGUGGAUUAGGCCCACUAGACAACAAAUAUUUACGAAUAUCAUUUUUAUGCAUCUAACCCAAAUAGUUGUCUGUCAUCCAAUUCUACCACUCUUUUCUUUUCUUUGCCAGCUGUCUCUUCAAUGGCUUUCAACAUUGAUGAAAACCCCCCACAAAUCUACAAAGGGGAGGAACAAGAUUUAUUUGGUUACAAAGUCCUGCAAUUCAUUUCUGGCAAGGAGAAAGGGCAAGUGUUAUUGUUAUCAUCAUAGUGAAAAAUGUGUGGUUCUGGUUAGUAUUAUGUUACAAACUUCAUCUGCAACACAGUAUCACACACCUGAGGAAACAAAAAUUACCAGAACAAUGCACCUGUGUCUGCAAACGUGCACUAUAUACAGUGGGCUCCAAAAUUACUGCCAACCCUGACUGGCAAUGCACAAACCAUACUUUAAAAAAUAUAAACAAUAUAAUUAUAGAGAAACUCAAAAUACCAACAUGUGAGAAAUACUGUACUUUAUUAAUGUUUCAAUGGAACCAACCAAAAUCAUACAAUUAUUUAAUACAAAAUAAAUAUCACCAAAAUCAAGGUUUCAUUAUUAUUGGCACUCCUCAUUUACUACUACCUCUGGCUAAGAUAACAGCAUGGAGUCUAUUCCUGUAACAUUUGACAAGUUUAAGGAACACAUUUGGAGGGAUUUUGGACCAUUCCUCUAUGCAGAUCCUUUCAAGAUCCUUCACAUUCUUGGGUUUGCGCUUAUCAACUCCCCUCAACAACUCAGCCCACAGAGUUUCGAUUGGAUUGAGGCGACUGAGAUGGCCAUGGCAGAACAUUGAUUUUGUUGUCACAUAACCAUUUCUGUGUGGAUCUUGAGGUACAGUGGGAAAAAAAAGUAUUUAGUCAAAUCAAAUCAAAUCAAAUUUUAUUGGUCACAUGCGCCGAAUACAACAGGUGCAGACAUUACAGUGAAAUGCUUACUUACAGCCCUUAACCAACAGUGCAUUUAUUUUAAACAAAAAAAGUAAGAAUAAAACAACAACAAAAAAAGUGUUGAGAAAAAAAGAGCAGAAGUAAAAUAAAGUGACAGUAGGGAGGCUAUAUAUACAGGGGGGUACCGUUGCAGAGUCAAUGUGCGGGGGCACCGGCUAGUUGAGGUAGUUGAGGUAAUAUGUACAUGUGGGUAGAGUUAAAGUGACUAUGCAUAAAUACUUAACAGAGUAGCAGCAGCGUAAAAAGGAUGGGGUGGGGGGGGGGCAGUGCAAAUAGUCCGGGUAGCCAUGAUUAGCUGUUCAGGAGUCUUAUGGCUUGGGGGUAGAAGCUGUUGAGAAGUCUUUUGGACCUAGACUUGGCACUCCGGUACCGCUUGCCGUGCGGUAGCAGAGAGAACAGUCUAUGACUAGGGUGGCUGUAGUCUUUGACAAUUUUGAGGGCCUUCCUCUGACACCGCCUGGGAUAGAGGUCCUGGAUGGCAGGAAGCUUUGCCCCAGUGAUGUACUGGGCCGUACGCACUACCCUCUGUAGUGCCUUGCGGUCGGAGGCCAAGCAGUUGCCAUACCAGGCGGUGAUGCAACCAGUCAGGAUGCUCUCGAUGGUGCAGCUGUAGAUUUUUUUGAGGAUCUGAGGACCCAUGCCAAAUCUUUUUAGUCUCCUGAGGGGGAAUAGGCUUUGUCGUGCCCUCUUCACGACUGUCUUGGUGUGUUUGGACCAUGAUAGUUCGUUGGUGAUGUGGACACCAAGGAACUUGAAGCUCUCAACCUGUUCCACUACAGCCCCGUCGAUGAGAAUGGGGGCGUGCUCAGUCCUCUUUUUUUUCCUGUAGUCCACAAUCAUCUCCUUUGUCUUGGUCAUGUUGAGGGAGAGGUUGUUGUCCUGGCACCACACGGCCAGAUCUCUGACCUUCCUCCCUAUAGGCUGUCUCAUCGUUGUCGGUGAUCAGGCCUACCACUGUUGUGUCGUCGGCAAACUUAAUGAUGGUGUUGGAGUCGUGCCUGGCCAUGCAGUCAUGGGUGAACAGAGAGUACAGGAGGGGACUGAGCACGCACCCCUGAGGGGCCCCCGUGUUGAGGAUCAGUGUGGCAGAUGUGUUGUUACCUACCCUUACCACCUGGGGGCGGCCCGUCAGGAAGUCCAGGAUCCAGUUGCAGAGGGAGGUGUUUAGUCCCAGGAUCCUUAGCUUAGUGAUGAGCUUAGAGGGCACUAUGGUGUUGAAUGCUGAGCUGUAGUCAAUGAAUAGCAUUCUCACGUAGGUGUUCCUCUUGUCAAGGUGGGAAAGGGCAGUGUGGAGUGCGAUAGAGAUUGCAUCAUCUGUGGAUCUGUUGGGGCGGUAUGCAAAUUGGAGUGGGUCUAGGGUUUCUGGGAUUAUGCUGUUGAUGUGAGCCAUGACCAGUCUUUCAAAGCACUUCAUGGCUACAGACGUCAGUGCUACGGGUCGGUAGUCAUUUAGGCAGGUUAUCUUAGAGUUCUUGGGCACGGGGACUAUGGUGGUCUGCUUGAAACAUGUUGGUAUUACAGACUCAGUCAGGGACAUGUUGAAAAUGUCAGUGAAGACACUUGCCAGUUGGUCAGCACAUGCUCGGAGUACACGUCCUGGUAAUCCGUCUGGCCCUGCGGCCUUGUGAAUGUUGACCUGCUUAAAAGUCUUACUCACAUCGGCUACGGAGAGCGUGAUCACAUAGUCAUCCGGAACAGCUGGUGCUCUCAUGCAUGCUUCAGUGUUGCUUGCCUCGAAGCGAGCAUAGAAGUGGUUUAGCUCGUCUGGUAGGCUUGUGUCACUGGGCAGCUCGCGGCUGUGCUUCCCUUUGUAGUCUGUAAUAGUUUUCAAGCCCUGCCACAUCCGACGAGCGUCAGAGCCAGUGUAGUAUGAUUCAAUCUUAGACCUGUAUUGACUCUUUGCCUGUUUGAUGGUUCGUCGGAGGUCAUAGCGGGAUUUCUUAUAAGCGUCCGGGUUAGAGUCCCGUUCCUUGAAAGCGGCAGCUCUACCCUUUAGCUCAGUGCGGAUGUUUCCUGUAAUCCAUGGCUUCUGGUUGGGGUAUGUACGUACGGUCACUGUGGGGACGACAUCAUCGAUGCACUUAUUGAUGAAGCCAGUGACUGAUGUGGUGUACUCCUCAAUGCUGUCUGAAGAAUCCCGGAACAUGUUCCAAUCUGUGCUAGCAAAACAGUCCUGUAGCUUAGCAUCUGCGUCAUCUGACCACUUUUUUAUUAACCGAAUCACUGGUGCUUCCUGCUUCAGUUUUUGCUUAUAAGCAGGAAUCAGGAGGAUAGAGUUAUGCUCAGAUUUGCCAAAUGGAGGGCGAGGGAGAGCUUUGUAUGCGUCUCUGUGUGUGGAGUAAAGGUGGUCUAGAGUUUUUUUCCCUCUGGUUGCACAUUUAACAUGCUGGUAGAAAUUAUGUAGAACGGAUUUAAGUUUCCCUGCAUUAAAGUCCCCGGCCACUAGGAGCGCUGCAUCUGGAUGAGCGUUUUCCUGUUGAUUAAUGGCCUUGUACAACUCAUUCAGUGCAAUCUUAAUGCCAGCAUUGGUUUGUGGUGGUAAAUAGACAGCUAUGAAAAAUAUAGAUGAAAACUCUCUUGGUAAAUAGUGUGGUCUACAGCUUAUCAUAAGAUACUCUACCUCAGGCGAGCAAAACCUCGAGACUUCCUUAGUAUUUGAUUUUGUGCACCAGCUGUUGUUUACAAAUAUACACAGACCGCCACCCCUUGUCUUACCAGAGUCAGCCGUUCUGUCCUGCCGAUGUAGCGUAUAGCCUGCUAGCUGAAUGUUAUCAUUGUUGUCGUUCAGCCACGACUCCGUGAAACAUAAGAUAUUACAGUUUUUAAUGUCCCGUUGGUAGGAUAACCGUAAUCUUAAAUCGUCCAUUUUAUUCUCAAAAGAUUGAACGUUGGCUAAUAGGAUUGAUGGAAGAGGCAGUUUACUCGCUCGCCGUCGGAUCCUUACAAGGCACCCGGAUCUGCGUCCGCGAUAUCUCCGUCUCUUCCUCACGCGAAUGACGGGGAUUUGGGCAUUGUCGGGUGUCUGUAUGAUAUCCUUCGCGGCCGCCUCGUUGAAGAAAAAAUCUUUGUCCAAUGCGAGGUGAGUAAUCGCUGUCCUGAUAUCCAGAAGCUCUUUUUGGUUAUAAGAGACGAUGGCAGAAACAUUAUGUACAAAAUAAAUUACAAAUAACGCGGAAAAACACACAUAAUAGUACAAUUGGUUAGAGGGUUGGUUAGAGGGCUGUAAAACGGCAGCCAUCUUCUCCGGCGCUGUUAUGCCGGAGAAGCCACCAAUUGUACAAGUUCUCCCACUUAAAAAGAUGAGAGAGGCCUGUAAUUUUCAUCAUAGGUACACGUCAACUAUGACAGACAAAUUGAGGAAAAAAAAAUCCAGAAAAUCACAUUGUAGGAUUUUUAUUUUAUUUAUUUGCAAAUUAUGGUGGAAAAUAAGUAUUUGGUCACCUACAAAUAAGCAAGAUUUCUGGCUCCCACAGACCUGUAACUUCUUCUUUAAGAGGCUCCUCUGUCCUCCACUCGUUACCUGUAUUAAUGGCACCUGUUUGAACUUGUUAUCAGUAUAAAAGACACCUGUCCACAACCUCAAACAGUCACACUCCAAACUCCACUAUGGCCAAGACCAAAUAGCUGUCAAAGGACACCAGAAACAAAAUUGUAGACCUGCACCAGGCUGGGAAGACUGAAUAUGCAAUAGGUAUGCAGCUUGGUUUGAAGAAAUCAACUGUGGGAGCAAUUAUUAGGAAAUGGAAGACAUACAAGACCACUGAUAAUCUCCCUCGAUCUGGGGAAGCAAGAUCUCACCCCGUGGGGUCAAAAUGAUCACAAGAACGGUGAGCAAAAAUCCCAGAACCACACGGGGGGACCUAGUGAAUGACCUGCAGAGAGCUGGGACCAAAGUAACAAAGCCUACCAUCAGUAACACACUACGCCGCCAGGGACUCAAAUCCUGCAGUGCCAGACGUGUCCCCCUGCUUAAGCCAGUACAUGUCCAGGCCCGUCUGAAGUUUGCUAGAGUGCAUUUGGAUGAUCCAGAAGAGGAUUGGGAGAAUGUCAUAUGGUCAGAUGAAACCAAAAUAGAACUCUUUGGUAAAAACUCAACUCGUCGUGUUUGGAGGACAAAGAAUGCUGAGUUGCAUCCAAAGAACACCAUACCUACUGUGAAGCAUGGGGGUGGAAACAUCAUGCUUUGGGGCUGUUUUUCUGCAAAGGGACCAGGACGACUGAUCCGUGUAAAGGAAAGAAUGAAUGGGGCCAUGUAUCGUGAGAUUUUGAGUGAAAACCUCCUUUCAUCAGCAAGGGCAUUGAAGAUGAAACGUGGCUGGUUCUUUCAGCAUGACAAUGAUUCCAAACACACCGCCCGGGCAACGAAGGAGUGGCUUCGUAAGAAGCAUUUCAAGGUCCUGGAGUGGCCUAGCCAGUCUCCAGAUCUCAACCCCAUAGAAAAUCUUUGGAGGGAGUUGAAAGUCCGUGUUGCCCAGCGACAGCCCCAAAACAUCACUGCUCUAGAGGAGAUCUGCAUGGAGGAAUGGGCCAAAAUACCAGCAACAGUGUGUGAAAACCUUGUGAAGACUUACAGAAAACGUUUGACCUGUGUCAUUGCCAACAAAGGGUAUAUAACAAAGUAUUGAGAAACUUUUGUUAUUGACCAAAUACUUAUUUUCCACCAUAAUUUGCAAAUAAAUUCAUUAAAAAUCCUACAAUGUGAUUUUCUGGAAUUAUUUUUCAUAGUUGACGUGUACCUAUGAUGAAAAUUACAGGCCUCUCUCAUCUUUUUAAGUGGGAGAACUUGCACAAUUGGUGGCUGACUAAAUACUUUUUUCCCCCACUGUAUGUUUUGGGUCAUUGUCUUGUUGGAAAGUCCACCUACGGCCAAGUCCCAGCCUUCUGGCAGAGGCAACCAGAUUGUCAGCCAAAAUUGCCUGAUACUUGGUGGAAUUCUUUAUGCCAUCAAUCUUAUCCAGUGCCCCUGGACCUCUGGAAUUAAAACAGCCCCAAAACAUCACUAAUCCACCACCAUAUUUCACCGUGGGUAUGAGGUGCCUCUCCUUGUAUGCAUCUCUGUUUCGACGCCAAACAUGCCGAUGCUGUAUCUGACCAAAACGUUCAAUUUUGGUCUCACCUUCUUCCAGUCAUAAUUUAAAUGACAUUUGGCAAACUCCAAGCGCUUGUGUCUGUGUCUUGGGGUCAGAAAGGGCUUUCUUCUGGCAACCCUUCAAAAGAGCCUGUGCUUGUGGAGGUGACGUCUGAUGGUGCUUUUUGAAACCUUGUGACCACAAGAUGCCACCAAGGCCUGCAAUUCUUUCACAGUGAUUCUUGGGGAUUUUGUUGCUUCUCUCACCAUCCUACUCCCUAUCCUGGGGGGCAAAAUGCAUUUGCGUCCUCUACCCGUGAGGUUUUCAACUGUUCCAUAUAUUUUCCAUUUUUAAAUAAUUGCCUUGACAGUGCUCAGUGGUAUAUUCAAUUGUUUGUGGAUCUUCUUGUAGCCAUUACCAGAUUUAUGAAGGUCUACAACCAUCUGUAGACCUUCAUGUCUCUUUUGUCCUGCCAGUUCUUUUGUUUUCUUCAUGGUGUUGGAUGACAAAGGAAUAUUGCAUGCGUGUUACCUCAUUUUUAUACCCUAGUGAAACAGGAAGUGAUGUAAUGGCUCAAUAUAGUUCCUUAAGACUUAGAUAAACUUAAAUAAGUGGAAUUUAAUUUGUGGUUUAAUUUUUGGUAGAUGUUAUUUACAAUAAUCUUUAAGGGUGCCAUUAAUUGUGAAACAUUGAUUUGGAGGACAUUGAUUUUUAAUUAAAUUAUUAAUUUAUUAAUUAAUUUAUUAAUUUGGUGGGUUCCAUUGGAACAUUAAUAUAGUACAGUAUUUCUCACAUGUUGGUAUUUUGAGUUUAUCUCUGUAAUUAUAUUGUAUUGUUUGUGCAUUGCCAGUCAGGGGUGCCAGUAAUUUUGGAGCCCACUGUAUAUCCAUAGCAAUGUAUUUAGAAAAUAUAGGGCUCUGUAUAUACAGUGAGCUCCAAACGUAUUUGUUGUUGUUUUGGCUCUGUGCUCCAGCACUUUGGAUUUGAAAUGAUACAAUGACUGUGAAGUUAACGUGCAGACUGUCAGCAUUAACUUGAGUGUAUUUUCAUCCAUAUCUGGUGAACCAUUUAGAAAUUACAGCACUUUAUGUACAUGGUCCCGCCAUUUUUGGGGACCAAAAGUAUUGGGACAAAUUCACUUAUGUGUAUUAAAGUUGUCAAAAUGUUAGUAUUUGGUCCCAUAUUCCUAAAACGCAAUGAUUACAUCAAGCUUGUGACUCUACAAACUUGUUGGAUGCAUUUGCUGUUUGUUUUGGUUGUGUUUCAGAUUAUUUUGUGCCUAUUAGAAUGAUGUAUUGUGUCAAUUUGGAGUCACUUUUAUUGUAAAUAAGAAUAGAUUAUGUUUCUAAACACUUCUACAUUCAUGUGGAUCCUACCAUGAUUACGGAUAAUCCUGAAUGAAUCGUGAAUAAUGAUGAGUGAGAAAGUUACAGAGGCAUAAAUAUCAUACCCCCUAAAAAACGCUAACCUCCCCUGUUAUUAUAAUGGUGAGAGGUUAGAAUGUCUUGGGGGUACGAUAUUCAUCAUUAUUCAUGAUUCAUUCAAGACUAUCGUAAUCAUGGUAGCAUCCACAUGAAUGUAGAAGUGUUUAUAAACGUAUUAUAUUCUUAUUUACAAUACUUGAACAUUUAUUACGUUUCUUAAAUUAUGUGAGCUGCAUCCAAUGCACAUGACUAAUGUGCAUCAGUGUAUUAGUUAUGCAUACAUUGAUGGAAUGGAAAUUCUAACUUGUGUUUCAUCAUAUCACACCUCUGAUAACAUCCUGCCUUCCUCCUUCACCAUGCAGUUGUUAUUGUAACCUUAGUAACCAAUAGAAAAUGGAUAAACAAAAGUAAUAUACCACAUUGUCACAAAUGUUAUGCAACCACUCUUGAUCUAAAGUUUGUCAUAUAUAUAAGAAGUCAUACAGUCUCAUCUAAUCGACCAAACUAUGCUGUAAUUUCUCACCCACAGGGUAAUGGUCAGUGCGCCACAUCAGAAGAAUGGAUCUGGUGGAAUCUGUAGAUGUGCUCAAGACCGAACAAACUGUACAAACUGUUACACUCCUGAAGGUAGAGAUGGAAGGUUGAUGAUACACUAUACUGUACUUACUGGACUGCAAUUUAGAAUGGUGGUUACCUUAACAAAAUGAAUAAUUAUAAGAAAUAUACAGUGAAUUUAUCAGUCUAUAAUUUUAAUGGUAGGUUUAUUUGAACAGUGAGAGACAGAAUAACAACAAAAAAAUCCAGAAAAACACAUGUAAAAUUUUUUAUAAAUUGAUUAGCAUUUUAAUGAGGGAAAUAAGUAUUUGACCCCCUCUCAAUCAGAAAGAUUUCUGGCUCCCAGCUGUCUUUUAUACAGGUAACGAGCUGAGAUUAGGAGCACACUCUUAAAGGGAGUGCUCCUAAUCUCAGUUUGUUACCUGUAUAAAAGACACCUGUCCACAGAAGCAAUCAAUCAAUCAGAUUCCAAACUCUCCACCUUGGCCAAGACCAAAGAGCUCUCCAAGGAUGUCAGGGACAAGAUUGUAGACCUACACAAGGCUGGAAUGGGCUACAAGACCAUUGCCAAGCAGCUUGGUGAGAAGGUGACAACAGUUGGUGCGAUUAUUCACAAAUGGAAGAAACACAAAAGAACUGUCAAUCUCCCUCGGCCUGGGGCUCCGUGCAAGAUCUCACCUUGUGGAGUUGCAAUGAUCAUGAGAACGGUGAGGAAUCAGCCCAGAACUACACGGGAGGAUCUUGUCAAUGAUCUCAAGGCAGCUGGGACCAUAGUCACCAAGAAAACAUUUGGUAACACACUACGCCGUGAAGGACUGAAAUCCUGCAGCGCCCGCAAGGUCCCCCCCCUGCUCAAGAAAGCACAUAUACAGGCCCGUCUGAAGUUUGCCAAUGAACAUAUGAAUGAUUCAGAGGAGAACUGGGUGAAAGUGUUGUGGACAGAUGAGACCAAAAUUGAGCUCUUUGGCAUCAACUCAAUUCGCCGUGUUUGGAGGAGGAGGGAUGCUGCCUAUGACCCCAAGAACACCAUCCCUACCGUCAAACAUGGAGGUGGAAACAUUAUGCUUUGGGGGUGUUUUUCUGCUAAGGGGACAGGACAACUUCACUGCAUCAAAGGGACGAUGGACGGGGCCAUGUACCAUCAAAUCUUGGGUGAGAACCUCCUUCCCUCAGUCAGGGCAUUGAAAAUGGGUUGUGGAUGGGUAUUCCAGCAUGACAAUGACCCAAAACACACGGCCAAGGUAACAAAGGAGUGGCUCAAGAAGAAGCACAUUAAGGUCCUGGAGUGGCCUAGCCAGUCUCCAGACCUUAAUCCCAUAGAAAAUAUGUGGAGGGAGCUGAAGGUUCGAGUUGCCAAACGUCAGCCUCGAAACCUUAAUGACUUGGAGAAGAUCUGCAAAGAGGAGUGGAACAAAAUCCCUCCUGAGAUGUGUGCAAACCUGGUGGCCAACUACAAGAAACGUCUGACCUCUGUGAUUGCCAACAAGGGUUUUGCCACCAAGAACUAAUUACAAAUGAUGGUGGAAAAUAAGUAUUUGGUCACCUACAAACAAGCAAGAUUUCUGGCUCUCACAGACCUGUAACUUCUUCUUUAACAGGCUCCUCUGUCCUCCACUCGUUACCUGUAUUAAUGGCACAUGUUUGAACUUGUUAUCAGUAUAAAAGACACCUGUCCACAACCUCAAACAGUCACACUCCAAACUCCACUAUGGCCAAGACCAAAGAGCUGUCAAAGGACACCAGAAACAAAAUUGUAGACCUGCACCAGGCUGGGAAGACUGAAUCUGCAAUAGGUAAGCAGCUUGGUUUGAAGAAAUCAACUGUGGGAGCAAUUAUUAGGAAAUGGAAGACAUACAAGACCACUGAUAAUCUCCCUCGAUCUGGGGCUCCACGCAAGAUCUCACCCCGUGGGGUCAAAAUGAUCACAAGAACGGUGAGCAAAAAUCCCAGAACCACACGGGGGGACCUAGUGAAUGACCUGCAGAGAGCUGGGACCAAAGUAACAAAGCCUACCAUCAGUAAUACACUACGCCGCCAGGGACUCAAAUCCUGCAGUGCCAGACGUGUCCCCCUGCUUAAGCCAGUACAUGUCCAGGCCCGUCUGAAGUUUGCUAGAGUGCAUUUGGAUGAUCCAGAAGAGGAUUGGGAGAAUGUCAUAUGGUCAGAUGAAACCAAAAUAGAACUUUUUGGUAAAAACUCAACUCGUCGUGUUUGGAGGACAAAGAAUGCUGAGUUGCAUCCAAAGAACACCAUACCUACUGUAAAGCAUGGGGGUGGAAACAUCAUGCUUUGGGGCUGUUUUUCUGCAAAGGGACCAGGACGACUGAUCCGUGUAAAGGAAAGAAUGAAUGGGGCCAUGUAUCGUGAGAUUUUGAGUGAAAACUUCCUUCCAUCAGCAAGGGCAUUGAAGAUGAAACGUGGCUGGGUCUUUCAGCAUGACAAUGAUCCCAAACACACCGCCCGGGCAACGAAGGAGUGGCUUCGUAAGAAGCAUUUCAAGGUCCUGGAGUGGCCUAGCCAGUCUCCAGAUCUCAACCCCAUAGAAAAUCUUUGGAGGGAGUUGAAAGUCCGUGUUGCCCAGCGACAGCCCCAAAACAUCACUGCUCUAGAGGAGAUCUGCAUGGAGGAAUGGGCCAAAAUACCAGCAACAGUGUGUGAAAACCUUGUGAAGACUUACAGAAAACGUUUGACCUGUGUCAUUGCCAACAAAGGGUAUAUAACAAAGUAUUGAGAAACUUUUGUUAUUGACCAAAUACUUAUUUUCCACCAUAAUUUGCAAAUAAAUUCAUAAAAAAUCCUACAACGUGAUUUUCUGGAUUUUUUCUCUCUCAUUUUGUCUGUCAUAGUUGACGUGUACCUAUGACGAAAAUUACAGGCCUCUCUCAUCUUUUUAAGUGGGAGAACUUAAGUCAUGUUUUGCAGAGGGGUCAAAUACAUAUUUCCCUCAUUAAAAUGCAAAUCAAUUUAUAACAUUUUUGACUUGCGUUUUUCUGGAUUUUUUGUUGUUGUUAUUCUGUCUCUCACUGUUCAAAUAAACCUACCAUUGAAAUUAUAGACUGAUCAUAUCUUUGUCAGUGGGCAAACGUACAAAAUCAGCAGGGGAUCAAAUACUUUUCCCCCUCACUGUAAGAACAUGUAACACCUAUCACGGUAACCAUGGCUAAUCAAUAUUUGUCAGCUUUAAAAUAUUGUUGAAAUGUCAACAAGAUCUUGAAAAUGAGAAACACUAGUUGAUUCUGCAAGUCUACCUUUUCCCUUCCAACAGAAACUGACACAAUCAAGUACAUUGGACUGUCUAUGGCUGGACAAUCUACUUCUCCUCCAACGUUCACUGUAAGAUAAACUCCAAACAGUUAAUUUGAUCAUAUUCUUGUUGUCAAAUACUCCAUGUGAGUGUACUGUACAUAUGUAAUACAUGCGUUUGGCAGCAUUUACAUAGGCAGCCCAAUUCUGAUAUUGUUUUCACUAAUUGGAAUUUUGACCAAUCAGAUCAGCUCCACCAAUUAGUGGAAAGAAAGAUUAGAAUUGGGCUGCCUGUGUAAACAUAAAUUACUUGUUUCACUUGAGUCAUAAAACAAUAGCUCAACAAUCUAAAAAUUAUCAUGGCAAAUUCCUGUAAAUCUCUUUUGAAGCCAUCUGAGGUCCACCAGACAAGCCAUUAUUUUAUUUUAUUUACAAUUACUUAUUAUCCUCAUUCAGGCCUGCAGCCCUGGCCUGGCACACGAGUGCGAUGGGAACUCCUAUCUGAACAGUAUCUGCUAUCAGUUCAACAGCCAGCUCCAGAUCACUUCUAACUUCACACCUGCCUUCCAAGGUAUAACAGCAAAAUUGGAACACAUUUGUAGAUAUAAAUAAAAUAACCCAAGAUUUGUAGGUAUAUAUUGACUGUUUAUUAAUGUAAUGCUAAAUCACAUUAGGAUUAGGUCACAAAAUAUGAAUUGUGAAUGAUAAGAUCUGGAUUUCUGAAUAUGUGAAGAAUGUUGUGAGUGUUAUCCAUCAUAUACAUUUAUUUAAUUUACUUUCUCUUCCAGAAUGUACGAAGAAAAUAGUGGACCUCGUUUUCCUCUUUGACGGAUCAGGAAGCAUGACAAAGAAAGAAUUUGAAGAGAACAAAGGUUUCAUAAACAAUAUCACGACAACCCUAAAAAAUUCCUCAAUCAAGGUAAACUUCCCUUUUAAAGUUCAUAACUUGAAUCAUGCUUGUGAGGAUGCUGAACAUACAUCUGUGUAUCUACACUCUUAGAAGUAAAGGUGCCUAGAAGAACCUUUUGGGUUGCCACACCGGUGGAACCUUUCCAGUUCACGGGUCUUGGAGGAACCCCUGUGUAAAGGUUCUGAUGGGAGGAGUUACAUUUUGAACCUUUUUAAUAAUAUAUUGAAGUGGUGGCAGCAUAGUAUUGUAGACGUGGCUUUCAGAUAGGCACUUCAUGGCCACCCAUUAGCGCAAAUGUCAUUCCUGUUCAUCAUGUUAAGUUUUACACUGCAAAACUAAAUCCUUGAAUAUUGAUACAUAACAUAACAAUUCUCUUUACAUAUACAAUUUUAGUAAUAAAGUGACAACUAUUCCCACUUUGGAAGAGCAUAUGCUCUUGAGGAACACUUCUGUAAGCCUCACUGACGCUACAAAACUAUCAGUGUUUAACUUUCACGUGAUGACAAUACAGCAGAACAGAUUAACAGGAAUUACAUUUACUCUAACGGGUGGCCUAAAAAGUAUAUGCAGUAUCUUAAAGCCACGCACUUCCUAAGCCACGCCUCCACUCCAGGGUUCCUCCAAGAACCCAAUGCUACAUUGAACCAUUAAAGGUUCCUCCAAGAACCCCUCAACUAACCGAAGGGGCAAAUAUGACCCAUUGACUAGCGAUGGUUCCUUGUGGAACUCCAGGGGUUCCUUGAGGAUCUUCAUGGUUCCUCGAGUCACCACUAAUUCUAAGAGUGUAUGUGCUAUACCCAGGUUGCUGCAUGGAAAGUAUGGAAUGAAAUCAAUAUUAGUUAUCUUUUCCUAUUUUUUUUAACCACAGUUCGCAGCGGUUCAGUUCUCAUCAACAGCCAGGACAGUUUUCGACUUCAAUGACUACCAAGAGGGGAGAGCCUUGACUAAUCUUAUGAAAGAAGAGCACAUGGGUCUUCUAACCAAUACACAUCAGGCGAUAGACUUUGUCUUGUAGGUCACAGUUGAUCAUUAUUAAUCAGUUUUACUUUCAAAGUUCUGACCAAAUACUCGGAAUAUGAUCAAAGGGGAUUGUGGUGUAAGAAAGAUAGCUUGAACUGUUGUUUGUAUACAUCUCUUUCAGGAAAUACAUUUUUGAAAACCAAGCUGCCGGCGCCACCGCAGAUGCAACUAAAGUACUGGUCGUAAUAACAGAUGGAAAUCCCAGUGAUACUGAUAAAAAGUUUAACUCUAUCAAAAGAAGUGAUGAGAAAAACAUAAUCCGCUUCGUCAUCGGGGUAUGUCCUUAAAAGGGGAGAGCCUGCAUACCCCCAACACAACACCACACAAUUGUAUGACUUAAUUCCAUUACAACUGUUUCAUUCCCAUAUCUACAGCUGGUUGAUCACUAGCCAAAACAUUUUGACUAGAAGGUAUGCUCUCCUCCUAGUUGAAACUACCAAAUGCCAAUAUAUUUGCAUCUCUGUGAACUUCAAGUUAAAAGGUUUGCAAAUAUACCUCAAUCCAGGGAUGGAAUGUUUCACUGUAGUCCUACUUAUCCCACAACAAUUUACGGUGAAUGGAGAAGAUUUAAAUACUGCUUGUUUUUAAUUAAACUGCCUUGUUCAUCCUCAUGCUAGUUAGCUAAUGCUAAAGCAGCAGUAUUUUACUUCUCCAUUUACCCUAAAUUGUUGUGGGGUAAUUAGGAGUACAGCAACACCUUCCCUCCCUGGAUUGAGGUACAUUUUCAAAUCGUUUCACUUGAAGUUCACCGAGGUGCAAAGAUUUUGGCAUAUGGCCGUUUCGACUAGGUGAUCACCAGUGUAUACCAGUGUUAGUGCUUUUAAUGUAUGAUUUCAAUGUAUGCUGCUUACAUUCAUGUUUGUUGCCCAAAUAAUACACUGGCUUUUUUAAAGCUCCAAUGUAGAUAACUUUUUGGGUGACCCAACCAAUUACACAUAGAAAUGUGUGUUAUAGAUCUGUCAUUCUCAUUCUCAUCAAUUUACAAAUGCUUUUUGAUCCUCUAGUAAAGAUUAUUUGUCAUCACACUGAUGAUUUGCUUAACAGUUUCAAUUACAUACUGUAUGUCAGGCUACUUUAGACUCAGUGGUAGCAGUUAAAACCAAGAAUAAACUGUCUGCCAGAGUCUCACCUUGGUUAAAUGACCACACUCGUGCCUUAAAAAGUAUUUUUUUAAAUGCUGAACGUAAAAGGAAAGCCUGUUAAAGUAUUCUAUGAGAUAAUGAAGGAUCUGAUGAGAAAUUACAAUAUUGUGGUUAAAGAUGCAAGAGCAAACUACUUCUCUACCCUGAUCUCUGAGAACUCCCACAACUCGAAAGUUCUGUUUAAGACAAUUGAGCAUAUUGUUGGUGCCAGUCGGGCUUCCGCUCACUUAACAGCACGAAAACUUGGUUUAUUGAAAGUCAAUAAUGAAGGGCUGUUGCGGUCAUUAAAUUUUGUCUGACAGAUAUUGUCAUGCAAAAAACUGCCGGUCUCAUGAUAAUUGACCGUUAAUUAAAAUAAACAUGUUUAGCAUCACCAGGCCUCCCCACAUACAAGCCAUAUACAAGCCGCUAAUGCGCGCCUUUGGAAAAUUUACAUUUAAAAAGGCUAAUAAAUCAAUGAAAUAUACACCAUCACAAUAAAUCCAUUAUUUAUUUAGUCAGGUCUAAAGAAACAUUAUGAUAUGAAGAAAAUGUAUUUCAGAAUAACAGAAUAGGAGUUGGCCUACUGUAUGCUAUAGGCUGUAGGCUUGUCCAUUUACCAGACAAGAUAUGCUUAUAAGUCCCUUGCCAUUUUAUAGUAAGAAGAAUAUAAUUGAACUUAGCUAAUUAAAAUAGAAAGGAUAUUUUUCCCAUUCCAGAGCGAGAGUGCGCAUAUGAAGUGACUAUGUUGAGCUUAAAAGUGAUCAUUUGAAACAUGUCCUAUAAACUAGAUUUAUAGUUAUUUGGCAACUUUAGUUUACCUUACAAUGCCUUUUUUUAUACAUACAGAAGUUCCCAUAUUUCAGGGCACCAAAAGUAUUGGGACAAUUGGAUUGAGAGGUGUUUCUGGUUAGUCAGGUGUGUUCCGUCACAUCCUUUGUGCAGGUGUAAGAGAGCUGUCAAUGUCUAGUCUUGAUUUUAGGCUUUGCGUAUGCCUUUAGCGGAAGGAGAACUAAGGAUUCCAUCUUUAAGGCUUGGUUAAGCCCCAUUCCGUUUCUUAGAUAUUUUACUGCAUCGCAGUGCUAGCUGUGCCACUAUAGAUCCUGGUUCGAAUCCAGGCUCUGUCGUAGCUGGCCGCGACCGGGAGACCCAUGGGGCGGCGCACAAUUGGCCAAGCGUUGUCCAGGGUAGGGGAGGGAAUGGCCGGCAGGGAUGUAGCUCAGUUGGUAGAGCAUGGCGUUUGCAACGCCAGGGUUGUGGGUUCGAUUCCCACGGGGGGCCAGUAUGAAAAAUAAAAAUAAUAAUGUAUGCACUCACUAACUGUAAGUCGCUCUGGAUAAGAGCGUCUGCUAAAUGACUAAAAUGUAAAAAUGUAAAUGUUAUCUACCUAUGAGCCAGGACACAGCCUGAGAUCCUCUGACAGGGCACUGUUGACCAUUCCAUAGUCUAGGUUGAAAAUGAAAGGAGAUAUUUAUUUAUUUUUUAUUCUCCUUCCUCCUGUCUUUGUUACUUUGUUAGUACUUUUAUUUUAUGAUGUGAAGCACUUUGUUACUUGUAUUGAAAAACGCUAUACAAAUAGAGUUUUUAUUAUUCAUAUUAUUAUUGUUAUUACUAGACUCAAGGGUCCAGUCCAACUUCCCAGUUACGAUGUGGAUGUUUAAAUAUCUUUCAUAUUGAAAAGGAAAUUAGACUUAUAAUUCCUGCCCUCAAGUGAUAUAUUUCUUGGCAGGUCAAGAAUGUCAAUUUGACGAAACUGAAGUCCCUGGCAUCAGAGCCAAAAGAGAACAACACUUUCCUCAUCCAGGACUACAACGGACUAAAGGGAAUCCUAGACAACUUUCAAAAAAAGAUCUUCAAUAUUGAAGGUACAACUCCGGAUUCAGUUGAAAUCUCUUAGUACUACUUACUUAUUUUUCAGCAAAGUCCCUGUCAAGUGAGGGUUGUUAUUCAUAUAAAAUACUUCCGUAAGAUUCCUGAAGUGGCAAUACUGGUCAUCUCCUGAAAUGUACUGGUAUUUAUUUCUGGUGAUAACACCUUACUCAAAACAUUCCACAGUAGAAGUAUCAAUGUAUCGCUAUUAAUAUCAGUGUCCGUAUGUUCUAGGUUCCAAGACUGCUCUGGCUGGAAACUUGACUAAAGAGAUGUCUCAGAGUGGGUUCAGUGUUGUCUACAUUAAUAAGGUGAGAUAUCGCGAUAGUAUGUCCACUAUGUUUUAUCAUCAUCUUAACAUUUUUAUAAAUGUACUGACCACCAUUGCAACUAGUUUAUGGACGCAAUAUAUAAACUCAGCAAAAAAAGAAACGUCCUCUCACUGUCAACUGCGUUUAUUUUCAGCAAACUAAACAUGUGUAAAUAUUUGUAUGAACAUAACAAGAUUCAACAACUGAGACAUAAAAUGAACAAGUUCUACAGAUAUGUGACUAACAGAAAUUGAAUAAUGUGUGCCCGAACAAAAGGGGGGUCAAAAUCUAAAGUAACAGUCAGUAUCUGGUGUGGCCACCAGCUGCAUUAAGUACUGCAGUGCAUCUCCUCCUCAUGGACUGCACCAGAUUUGCCUGUUCUUGCUGUGAGAUGUUACCCCACUCUUCCACCAAGGCACCUGCAAGUUCACUGACAUUUCUGGGUGGAAUGGCCCUAGCCCUCACCCGCCAAUCCAACAGGUCCCAGACGUGCUCAAUGGGAUUGAGAUCCGGCCUCUUCGCUGGCCUUGGCAGAACACCGACAUUCCUGUCUUGCAGGAAAUCACGCACAGAACGAGCAGUAUGGCUAGUGGCAUUGUCAUGCUGGAGGGUCAUGUCAGGAUGAGCGUGCAGGGAGGGUACCACAUGAGGAGGAUGUCUUCCCUGUAACGCAAAGCGUUGAGAUUGCCUGCAAUGACAACAAGCUCAGUCCGAUGAUGCUGUGACACACCGCCCCAGACCAUGACGGCCCCUCCACCUCCAAAUCGAUCCCGCUCCAGUGUAUAGGCCUCGGUGUAACGCUCAUUCCUUCGUGAUCCGACCAUCACCCCUGGUGAGACAAAACCGCGACUCGUCAGUGAAGAGCACUUUUUGCCAGUCCUGUCUGGUCCAGCGACGGUGGGUUUGUGCCCAUAGGCAAUGUUGUUGCCGGUGAUGUCUGGUGAAGACCUGCCUUACAACAGGCCUACAAGCCCUCAGUCCAGCCUCUCUCAGCCUAUUGCGGACAGUCUGAGCACUGAUGGAGGGGUUGUGCGUUCCUGGUGUAACUCGGGCAGUUGUUGUUGCCAUCCUGUACCUGUCCUGCAGGUGUGAUGUUCGGAUGUACCGAUCCUGUGCAGGUGUUGUUACACAUGGUCUGCCACUGCGAGGAUGAUCAGCUGUCUGUCCUAUCUCCCUGUAGUACUGUCUUAGGCGUCUCACAGUACGGACAUUGCAAUUUAUUGCCCUGGCCAGAUCUGCAGUCCUCAUGCCUCCUUGCAGCAUGCCUAAGGCACAUUCACGCAGAUGAGCAGGGACCCUGGGCAUCUUUCUUUUGGUGUUUUUCAGAGUUAGUAGAAAGGCCUCUUUAGUGUCCUAAGUUUUCAUAACUGUGACCUUAAUUGACUACCGUCUGUAAGCUGUUAGUGUCUUAACGACCGUUCCACAGGUGCAUGUUCAUUAAUUGUUUAUGGUUCAUUGAACAAGCAUGGGAGACAGUGUUUAAACCCUUUACAAUGAAGAUAUGUGAAGUUAUUUGGAUUUUUACGAAUUAUCUUUGAAAAACAGGGUCCUGAAAAAGGGAUGUUUUUUUUUGUUGCUGAGUUUAGUUGAUUAAUGCUUAUUAAUGUUUUAUUUCCUCUACAGGACACCUUGGUUUUGGGCUCAGUGGGAUCAAACAACUGGCGUGGAUCCCUCUUUGAGACUGAGGGUCUGAGAUCAGAGGAAAAGGAAAUUCAGGACCCCACCUUGGACAAAGACUCAUAUAUGGGUAAUGGAACAUUAAGCAAAAAAAAAAUAUUGCUCAAAAGUGAAUUUGAACAAACACUAAUUUCAAGGCUCCAUUAGUUCAGAUGUUUCAGUGAAGGGAGUGUAGUUACAAUGGAUCCACAUUGCUUUAUUGUUCUCAUAGGAUAUUCUGUAGCUGUUGGGAAGAAGAAAGAGAACCUUCUAUAUUUUACCGGAGCACCAAGAUCUGAACACAUGGGACGGAUCCUACUUUUUAACAAGGUUAACAACAACUGGACUGUGGCACAAAGAUUGUCUGGAGAACAGGUUGGUAACAUUAGCUAUUUCUUUAAGCAGUGUGGUAUAUCAAUCAAGUUUAUAUCAUACAGGAGGGACACCAUAAAACUAGCUUUUGGGGUUACUUCAAAGGUUGAAUCACUACUCCCAUAGUAAAGAGGAACACAGUUACAUUAUAUCACUUUUUAUAUUUACUUACGAGUUUCAUUCAAAACCAUAUGGCGUCUUCAAACAUUUCAAAACUAUUUUUGUAUGAAUGUAAGUUUUGAUGUUCUCAGAUGGGCUCCUACUUUGGGGCAGAGCUGUGUUCUGUGGACAUAGACUCAGACAGCAACACAGACUUCCUCCUGGUGGGUGCACCAAUGUUUCACCAACCUCCGAGAGAGGGCAGGAUCUACGUUUACACACUGACUGAUAAGGUGGGCUUAACUGGGAAUCUCUGAACAACAGAUUCAAAUGCUGCAAUUUGUGGUUGAAUAUGUUCAUCAGGGACAAAGUGAUCUGGAAGCCGAAAUGGAUUCAUUUGGAUAUGAAUAUCCAUCAUCUUCAAUAAUACUGCACAAAAGACAGUAUAAUUCGGAUUGAUCUUCAUGUGAUCUCUCCUCACCCUUCCUUUCUUAGUUGGAACUGAGGAUGGAGAUGAAUGUGUCAGUGCCGUCUCAGGGUAGAUUUGGCUCCUCCAUCUCCUCUCUCACAGACCUGAAUGGAGAUGGCCUGAAGGAUGUAGCUGUGGGCGCUCCACUUGAGGACGAUCAGCAGGGGGGCCGUGUACAUCUACCUGGGUGAAAAGCUAAGGGGGAUCCGCCCUGAAUUCAGCCAGGUGAGGCAGACAAAGAUGUAUAUCAUUCAAAGAGGCUCUUCAUGCUCAAAGAAAACAGACAUCCCUCCUGGGAUAUCAAUAUCAAUGCCUUUUUGUUAAAUGUGUAUGUCUUCUUACUGCAGCACAUCUCAGCUGCGGUGAUAAGAUCUAAGCUCCAGUUCUUUGGCCAGACGAUUGAUGGGAAGAUGGACCUGGGUGAGGAUGGACUGACUGACAUCGUAGUAGGAGCGCGUGGCGCAGUUGUCGUCUUGAGGUAUGAGUCCAUAAAAAGGAUAAGAAAAGACAGCUGGUUUAAACUGACAAUUGUUUAACCAGUAAAAAUAUCCCACUAGUGUGCGAUCCACCCUGAAUGGGGGCUGCGCUCAAUGAGGUGUGGGCGUAGCUACCCAACAUCAUACAAUGUAGGCUAACAUCCCAAUCUUUAUCUCAAUCGCUCACAGGUCCAGACCGGUCCUCAGCGUGUCCACUCAUCUCCAUUUCCAUCCCUCGGAGAUCAACACUGAUAACUUUGACUGUCUUGCAAGAGAGACCAUUUCCCCUGUGGUCACUUUAACAGCCUGCUUUAACAUGGCAGAGGCAACAAAGAGUAAAGCUGGUAAGAUCUCUCAGAACUUUUGCAACACUGAUGGCUUUUUGCUUUCCAACAGAAAUGGAGUCUUGAUCUAAGACCACAUAAUUGUGGCCUUGGUGGUCUAGGUCAGAGCCUCGGUGCAUAGCUAAAUCACUGACCACCAUAAGUGGGUCUUGGUCUCUUCCCUGUCUGAAGACCAAUGGAGGCUGCUGAGGGGAGGAUGGCUCAUAAUAAUGUCUGGAACGGAUCAAAUUGAAUGGCAUCAAACACAUAGAAACCAUGUGUUUGAUACCAUUCCACCUAUCCACUCCAGCCAUUACCACGUGCCCGUCCUCCCCAAUGAAGGUGCCACCAACCUGUGGUGAAGACCCAGAUGAAGUCCUAGUGUAUCGAAAGGUUUGGACCUUGGUCUGGAUCUGGGUCUCAAGAGUUAAGGUCUUGACUCCAUCUCUGCUUUCUACUUCAAUGCUGUCCAUCAGCAGGCAACCAUGAGGUUCAGAACUUCUCUCCCUGAUAAGGUGGCCAUUUAAGAUUUAUUGUGUACUUUUCUAGGAGCGCUGAGUGCAGGGAUGAACGUCUCCUACUCGCUGGUUGUGGAUCCAGUGAGACAGAGGAGCCGAGCCUUUUACAGUGACACGAACAAAGGGGCCAGAAGACUUCGCUCUACUGUGGAGCUGAGAAAGGAGCGGACCUGCUUCAACCACUCAGUCUACAUGACAGUAUGAUCAAUAAGAAACUGUAGCUAUGCAACAAUACAACAACUGUCAUGUAUCUCCUAGGGAGGGGAUUUAAUGAUUAACAAGUUGUUAGGUUGUUUAAUUAUUAUUGAAUUGUUAGUGUGUGUCGAUCUUAUUCAGUGAUGAGAAGAAUUUGGGUUUUGCAUGACUAUGGAUAGGGAAAUGAAUGCCACAUUGUCUUUUCUUCCAGCAAUGCGUGAUCGACACAUUAUCGCCCAUUAUCAUCCAACUUAAUUUUUCUCAAUCUGAAAGCCAACAAGAGGGUCCUACUGCCAUUCUGAAUACUGACAGUCCCACACAGGCUGUGGUCGAGGUACGAGGGAACAUUCUGUGUCUGACUAAAACCUGUUCACUUACAAUGAUCAACAGUAAUUGCAAUGACUGCGGACUGAGUACUGUAAUUUAGCCAAAGACCUGUGAAAACAGGUAAUCUAAACACAUUCACAGUUGUCUUGAAUUCGUCAUAGGUACCCUUUGAAAAGAACUGCAAAGAAAAUGAAACCUGUGUGGCAGAGCUUGAGGUGGACUUCAACUUUAUGUAAGUAUCUGAUAAACAGAGGCAACAUAAAGUAACUUGUUUGUAGGUAUAAUAAUUUCUGACGGAUAAAAAAAAGCAUGUUUUCUGACUGUAAGGUCUUGUCUCUUAUCAGAACCUCAACUUUAUUAGUGGUGGACCAGAGUUACUUUAAUGUGACUAUAAGACUGUCCAAUCAUGGGGAUGACUCCUUCAACACUAGUCUAACCCUCCUCUACCCUCCUGGCCUCUCAUUCUCCAUGAUGCAUCUUCUGAAGGUAAAACCGACACCCCUCCAUCUAUUGUGUAAUUCAUUCUGAUGUUUUCUUCUUGCUCUCAUCUAAACCAGUGUUAUUCCAUCCUGGAGACCUAAAACAUGUUCAGCCAAUCAAGGGUUUGAUGAUUAGUUUAAUCAGGAAGUGUUCGUGCUGGGCUGGAACAAAAGCUUGCCUUGCUCAUCUUGUGGGUCUGCAGAAGCAGGAUAGAAGAACAUUGAUUUAAACAUCAGUUUGCCGCCAAACAUUUAAAUGUACACUACAUGUGCUGAUUAUUCAAAUGUAGCAACAUAUUAAGUGUUGAAUUUAUUAAUUCCUUAAACUGUUAACAUGCUCGUUUGUUUAUUUUAGACUAUGUCAGUGACUCAAUUAUUUACAUAUUGUCUGUAUUCCAUAGUCCACAAGGAGAACUGUGUUCAGCUGUGGUGGUCUGGAAGGUGAAAUGGACAGAACUACAUGCAGUGUCAGCAUACCUGUCUACCGUAGUAAAACUACAGUGAGUGAUUACUUAGAUAUACCAGUAAAUAAUGCUCUACUGUGAAUACACCGGUAAAGCUUUUAAAAUGUUGUCAUUAGAUGAUAAAGACUCAGAGCUAAAAGCAGUGACAAAGCAGUAACUCAAUGUCAUUAAAACAGCUUUGAUCUUUGAGUGAUAUAUGCCUUGUGAGGAAUAACAUUUAAUCAAUUUUGAAUUCAGGCUGUAACAAAAUGUGAAAAAAGUCAAGAUGUCUGAAUACUUUCUGAAGCCAUGCCUUGUACAUUUUUUUCCACUUCCACAGUUUUAUGAUCUAAUUUCAAAUAAUCUUUAUUUUUUCUUCUCAACUAUGCCAUCUUCCUUUUUAGGCAGUGUUCACCAGUAAAUUCCAUAUUUUGAAUACAUACGACUGGAAUGACACAAUGGAAAUGACCGUCAUAGGCCUGAGGUAGAAAUCUGCUUUCAAUGUGAAUAUGUUAGAGAAGUAGCUAGACGAGAAAUUAGAAUCAGUCCAGGGCAUUGCUUAAAACUAAGAGCUAGUUUAAUACAACCUCAAUACCUUCUACUCAAUUAGCUGAAGGACUUCAUAACAUUCCAUUUAUGUACACUAAAAAUGCAUUUGCCUUUGCUUUAUUUACAGCGACAAUGGAAACUCAACCAAUAGUUCCCUAACCAGGACCAUCCCUGUUCAAUUUGCAGUUGACCUGGCUGCAAAAGCGUACGUUUUUAUAAUACUUGACAUUUUGUUUGAGAAUGACUCCAUCAAGUUAAUUGAAUAAAAUCAAGAUGACUUAUAUAUUUUUUUUGUUGAAGCCUUCCCGAAGACUCCACUACUUACAUUAACUUUACUCUGGAGGAUACAUCACCCAAAAAACUGGUGAAUGUGUAUGAGGUAAACAAACAAUCGACUGCUAAUGCUGUGACUGAUCUUGAAAUUGUGAUUCACACUAUGUGAGGGAAAUGUGCUGUCUUUAUACUCUAAAAACAAAACAUUAUUUUAUUGUUACUCAAGCCAUUUACAUGCAUUCAAUAAUAAGAUUAUUGUGAACACUCUGAUUAAUAUAAUAGCUUGAUUAAAACAUUUAAAUGCAUUGCAAAAAUAACAAUUUCCCUUACAAUCUGUUUUACAUGGACAGCUGAUAAUCAGGCUACCUGAUGGGACUUUGAAAAAUUCAGAAAAUCGGCAAUCAAAAUAACGUUCUAUCACAGCGAUCAUAUCAUUUUUGGGAAGCCCAUUUGAUUCUGAGUGUACAAAACAUUAAAGACACCUUCCUAAUAAUGAGUUGCACGUACCCCCUUUUGCCCUCAGAACAAGCCUCAAUUCGUCGGGGAAUGGACUCUACAAGGUGUCAAAAGUGUUCCACAGGGAUGCUGGCCCAUGUUGACUCCAAUGCUUCCCACAGUUGUGUCAAGUUAGCUGGAUGUCCUUUGGGUGGUGGACCAUUCUUGAUACACACAGGAACCUGUGGUGCGUGAAAACCCAGCAGCGUUGCAGUUUUUGACACAAACCGGUGCACCUGACACCUAAUACCAUACCCCAUUCAAAGCACUAUAACCUUUUGUCUUGCCCAUUCACUCUCUGAAUGGCACACACACAAACCAUGUCUCAAUUGUCUCAAGGCUUAAAAAUCCUUCUUUAACCUGUCCCCUCCCCUUCAUCUACACUGAUUGAAGUGGAUUUAACAAGUGAUAUCAAUAAGGGAUCAUCGCUUUCACCUGGAUUCACCUGGUCAGUCUAUGUCAGGGAAAGAGCAGGUGUCCUUAAUGUUUUGUACUCAGUGUAUAAAGUUUGUAUGUGAAAAGUAAUACUAAGAUGCAUACUUUAGUAUUUUCUGGACUCGCGUCACUCGCGCCAAAGAGGGAGGCUCACGUUGCUCAUGAUAACAAAUGCGCAGAUCAGACACACUGCAGGAUACAGAUACACCAUUAAAGGGAUACUGUUCUACUUCCCCAGAGUCGGAUGAACUUGUGUAAAUCAUUUUUAUGUCUCUGCGUGCAGUACGAAGGAAGUUAGUGGUUGUUUUGCGAGCCAAUGCUAACUAGCGUUAGCUAGCGCAAUGAAUGGAAGUCUACAGGUACGGUAGCAUUGCUCUCUCACAGUAUCCCUUUAAAUGCGUUUACAUGUUCCAAUAAUUUCAAAAGAUUGCAAAUAAAAUCGAGGUGCUUACUUCGCUCAUGACCUUACGCCGAUUAAGAUAAUCAGAGAAAGGUGUUUACAUGACUAAUUUCCAUAAUCAGUUUAAUAUUGAAUUAUUAGUGUGCAUAUAAACGUAUUAUCUGUCCACAGGAGGUUGGUGGCACCUUAAUUGGGGAGGAUGGGCUCGUGGUAAUGGCUGAAGCGGAAUCAGUGGAAUGCUAUCAAAUACAUCAAACACUUGGUUUCCAUGUGUUUGAUGCCAUUCCAUUUGCUCCGUUACAGACAUUAUUAUGAGAGACAUCCUCCCCUCAGCAGCCUCCACUGUCUCUGUCGCCCUAGGCUUGCUCUUUUGGGGGUUUAGGUAUAUGUUUUGUUACACGCUCUGUGAGAAAUGCCUUUGUAUAAAAUCUCAAUAUAAAUGUUAUUGUUAGGUUGGUUGAUUGAAUGUGUCACUGUUUACAGGUGCAGAACUUGGACUCUAAGUCUGUACCCAUCACAGUCACCUUCACAUUCCCAACUAAGCUUGAGCACAAAUUUGAAAUGAAGGACUACCAAAUAUCUGUCUCACAGGUAAACUGUUCACAUUUCGUACAAAAAUGCUGACAUAUUACUGCCACAAUUUCUUUCAGUAAGAAAUAUCCUAUUACAAGUUUCCUUUCUUUUCUUUGAAGAACCAUACUCAAUGUGGAAAGGUUAUGAAUUCAACAACAGAGGUGAGUAUUCAAAUAUGCCACUCACUCUUGACAUUGUUGGUAACCUAUCCAAUCAGGUUACAACUCAGUAUAGUAAUCAUGUUACUGAAACACACAUUUUGCUUCUGGCUGUGUUUACAGUACUGCUCUCCAGAAAAAUACUGCAAGUCCAUCGAGUGUGAAAGUUUCCUUUUGGAGAAGUUUUCGACAGUUACAUUUGUGCUGUCUGGAAAUGUUUCCUUCAAGGACCUCGAUCAACAUGCAAGGGUCUGUAUUAAGACAAGUUUAACAAAUGAUGGUACAGAGUAACAACAUGCUAAUAAUUCAUGAGACUUUGGGACAGCAAACAUCCCACUUGAAAUCUUUGUCAUACUUCUUAUUAUUUUUUAGUAUGAUACACCAUUUAAGCUAGAAACGCCAUUCAAACUUUAAAACGUGCAGAGUCGUCAGGACCAGUGUGCUUGCAUGCAACUUAUUGAUAUACAGUGGCUUGCGAAAGUAUUCUCCCCCCUUGGCAUUUUUCCUAUUUUGUUGCCUUACAACCUGGAAUUAAAAUAGAUUUUUGGGGGGUUUGUAUCAUUUGAUUUACACAACAUGCCUACCACUUUGAAGAUGCAAAAUAUUUUUUACUGUGAAAGAAACAAGAACUAAGACAAAAAACAGAACUUGAGGGUGCAUAACUUUUCACCCCCCCAAAGUCAAUGAUUUGUAGAGCCACCUUUUCCAGCAAUUACAGCUGCAAGUCUCUUGGGGUAUGUCUCUAUAAGCUUGGCACAUCUAGCCACUGGGGUUUUUGCCCAUUCUUCAAGGCAAAACUGCUCCAGCUCCUUCAAGUUGGAUGGGUUCUGCUGGAGUACAGCAAUCUUUAAGUCAUACCACAGAUUCUCAAUUGGAUUGAGGUCUGGGCUUUGACUAGGCCAUUCCAAGACAUUUAAAUGUUUCCCCUUAAACCACACAAGUGUUGCUUUAGCAGUAUGCUUAAGGUCACUGUCCUGCUGGAAGGUGAACCUCCGUCCCAGUCUAAAAUCUCUGGAAGACUGAAACAGGUUUCCCUCAAGAAUUUCCCUGUAUUUAGCGCCAUCCAUCAUUCCUUCAAUUCUGACCAGUUUCCAAGUCCCUGCCGAUGAAAAACAUCCCCACAGCAUGAUGCUGCCACCACCAUGCUUCACCUAGGGAUGGUGUUCUCGGGGUGAUGAGAGGUGUUGGAUUUGCGCCAGACAUAGCGUUUUCCUUGAUGGCCAAAAAGCUAAAUUAUAGUCUCAUCUGACCAGAGUACCUUCUUCCGUAUGUUUGGGGAGUCUCCCACAUGCCUUUUGGCGAACACCACAUUUUUUUCUGGCCACUCUUCCGUAAAGCCCAGCUCUGUGGAGUGUACGGCUUAAAGUGGUCCUAUGGACAGAUACUCCAAUCUCCGCUGUGGAGCUUUGCAGCUCCUUCAGGGUUAUCUUUGGUCUCUUUGUUGCCUCUCUGAUUAAUGCCCUCCUUGCCUGGUCUUCAUGGUGCCGUUUGCUUGGUGGUGCCCCUUGCUUAGUGGUGUUGCAGACUCUGGGGCCAUUCAGAACAGGUGUAUAUAUACUGAGAUCAUGACAGAUCAUGUGACACUUAGAUUGCACAGAAGUGGACUUUAUUUAACUAAUUAUGUGACUUCUGAAGGUAAUUGGUUGCACCUGAUCUUAUUUAGGAGCUUCAUAGCAAAAGGGGUGAAUACAUAUGCAUGCACCACUUUUCUGUUAUUUAUUUUUUUCAUUUCACUUCACCAAUUUGGACUAUUUUGUGUAUGUCCAUUACAUGAAAUCCAAAUAAAAAUCAAUUUAAAAAUUACAGGUUGUAAUGCAACAAAAUUGGAAAAACGCCAAGGGGGAUGAAUACUUUUGCAAGGCACUGUAUGUUAUACUUUUUAAACUCUUGAGUUUUUUGUCCUCCAUCCACUUCCAUGGGAUUUCUUCAACAUUCUAAAGGUUCCAUUGUUACAGACUCCCAUGAAUUCCAACAUUCUAUUAUACAAAUCAAGAGAUACAGAUGUUUUAAUAACCGCAUCUCAUUAAGCUAACUUCCCACUGUUGAAUACGCCAUGCAAGAGACGCGGCAAGUAGCCUACUAGUUCAUGAACUUUCGUAGGCUUUUUGAAUGCUCUUCAAUGUGCAAAAUCGUAGCGCAAUAGUCUUCAGCGCAAAAACGUCAUAAAAAGCAUCUGAUUUUAUUAUAUAAACUUGAAGCCCAUGCAAAAGACCAGGGACAUGAACACGGAAGCAUGACGUAGGAGUGUGUCACUUGCAUAGCUUAUUAACUGCCAUAGAACUUUCAAAUUAUAGCACUGGGGCCUCCCGAGUGGCGCAGUGGUCUAAGGCACUGCAUCGCAGUGCUAGAGGCGUCACUACAGAUCCGGGUUCGAUCCCGGGCUGUGUCGCAGCCGGCCGCGACCGGGAGACCCAUGAGGCGGCGCACAAUUGGCCCAGCGUCGUCCGGGUUAGGGGAGGGUUUGGCCGGCCGGGAUGUCCUUGUCCCAUCACGCUCUAGCGACUCCUGUGGCAGGCCGGGCGCUUGAACGCUGACACGGUCGCCAUUUCUUCCAACACAUUGGUGCGGCUGGCUUCCGGGUUAAGCGAGCAGUGUGUCAAUAAGCAGUGCAGCUUGGCAGGGGGGUCGUGCUUCGGAGGACGCAUGGCUUUCGACCUUCGUCUCUCCCAAGUCCGUACAGGAGUUGCAGCGAUGGGACAAGACUAAUUUCCAAUUGCAUAUCACGAAAAAGGGGUAUAAUUUUGUUUUUUUUACAUAAAUUAUAGCACUGGGUGAACACAUUCUAAGCAUGAGACAAUGAGUAAACGGUGACUGACAAAUCAGUUACUUUCCCAACAUCUUAGACAAAAACUUGGUCUACUUCUCUGCUUUUCGUAUGUAAAAUCAGAACAUAAAUAUCCUCUACCAAUCAAACGAUGUAGCUUUGUUACUGCAUCGACUACAUUUUCUGUCAACUUUUACAAACAACUGAAAUUUUGACCACUUUCCGAGCAUUUUAUACCACAAUUUAGAAGUUAUGACAUAUUGGUCUACUUCUUUGCUAUUCAAAUCUGAAGUCAGACAGCUGUUCUAGUAACUACAUCAACUACUUCUUGUCUUGACCACUUUCCCAACAAGUUAGACAAAAAUGUAGAGCUUUGUCUUACUUCUCUGCUAUUUAAAUCUGAAAUCAGAACACUUCUUCUACUACCACAAAAUACUUUUAAAGAACUGAUGCAAGGCACACAAUUUUACUUCAUGUAAAAUUACCAUCUAGUUCUACUAACAAUAUCUCACUCUACAGAGCAUGUCAUUGCCAAAGAAAUUCACUGGAGAUAGAGAAACAGUCAAUUUCAUCAGUUUUGUCAAACUCAGCUUUGACAAAAAACGAUAUGUCCAGACAGCGAGUGACCAAGGGGUAUGUUUCCUGUAAAAAAAACUUUCUUCAACAAAGAUACAAAUAUUUAUUGAGCAAAGAUUCACAAAAGCAUUAAUUUUGUAUUUAUUUCUUUGCUCAUUAGGAUAACUCUACGAGCUUCCACCAAACACAGGUAAUUCCGUUGGUGGAAUUAAACUGAUUUACUGUAUAAUAAUUGUUUUUAAAAUGCUUGUUCCAUCGUCACUCAUGGUCUCAAAAUGAAUUCCUCCAGAUUGAUGUUCAGGCUGAGAUCAUCAUUCCUCCACAUAGACAGCUGAUAAUAGGGACAGGAGUUGGAGUAGGAAUCUUCCUCCUGAUCAUCGUCACAGUGGCCAUGUACAUGGUGAGUACCAAUGCUGCGACAGAGCCUUUGCUUCUGCAUUGUAAAGGACCAACACUUUGAUUCACAUUCUUCACAUUGUUUUUCCUUUCUUCUCAGAUGGGAUGUUUCAAGAGAAAAAGGUUUGUUGAUAACGCACAGGAAGGUGAGAAUGAAGGGGAACAGAGUGAGCAAGAUGACGCUGCUCAGCCUAAAAACAUCUGUGCUAACAUAUCAGAGAAGCAGCCACAGCCUGAGAGAGAGCCUGAGAGUGGAGCAGUGGAGUCAAAACCUCUCCUUGACGACAUUCAGACAGAAAACAAUGGCUUCCCAACUAGCAGUGAGGCGGUAGGGGAGGGACCAAAAGAGAAACAGGAUGUGUCAGAGUCAGAAGCAGGCUAA